UUAAUGUGGCCUAUCCUUUCUUCACAUUAACCCUGCAAUCUCUCCAAUGUACUUCCAGUUAAGCAUUGGUCUUACCUGUGGAGCUUUUGUGCUCAACCAUGUUAUGUCAGUAUCUUAUUGUUGUGAUAGGCUGUCAAACAUUAGCAUAAUCUUCCUCAUUAUUGUCAUCACAUCACCAUUCCCAUCUUCAACAUCUGCAUCAUCGCCGAUCAUCAUCUGUUAUUAUCAGUCUGGGUAUAAACUGUAACCUGACAGACAUCUAGAUCUCCAGCGUAUGGAGGUGAGUGGCAGAUGGUCUGGAAACCCAAGGAAUAGUACAAAGACAUGUAAACACUCACUUCCGAGAAUAAAUCUGCUGCAUCAUUUAUUGAAUGGCAAAAGCGUCAGUCGUGCAGCAGCUUGACGUCAGGGGGAAGUUAACUAUCUCUCAUCACUGUAAGUGCCUUCGCUGCGCCAUCUUGGAGUUAGUCCAAUGGACAUCGGUCAAUGUCUGCUUCAUAGGUGAAGGAAAUCCAGGACACUCUUUGAUUUGGUGAAAGUUAAAAUGUCCUGAUUCAUUUGACAUUACCAUGGUCAAGUAUGACUACAGUUGGCAUUACCAUGGUCAAGUAUGAGUACAGUUGACAUUACCAUGGUCACGUAUGACUACAGUUGACAUUACCAUGGUCACGUAUGACUACAGUUGACAUUAUCAUGGUCAAGGGUGACUACAGUUGACAUUAUCAUGGUCAAGGGUGACUACAGUUGACAUUACCAUUGUCAAGUGUGGCUACAGUUGACAUUACCAUGGUCAAGUGUGACUACAGUUGACAUUACCAUGGGCAAGUGUGACUACAGUUGACAUUACCAUGGGCAAGUGUGACUACAGUUGACAUUACCAUGGUCACGUAUGACUACAGUUGACAUUAUCAUGGUCAAGGGUGACUACAGUUGACAUUAUCAUGGUCAAGGGUGACUACAGUUGACAUUACCAUUGUCAAGUGUGGCUACAGUUGAUAUGAUCAUGGGCAAGUGUGACUACAGUUGACAUGAUCAUGGGCAAGUGUGACUACAGUUGACAUUACCAUGGGCAAGUGUGACUACAGUUGACAUUACCAUGGGCAAGUGUGACUACAGUUGGCAUUACCAUUGUCAAGUGUGACUACAGUUGGCAUUACCAUUGUCAAGUGUGACUACAGUUGGCAUUACCAUUGUCAAGUGUGACUACAGUUAUAUAUAUAUAUAUAUAUAUAUAUAUAUAUAUGUAUUGACAUUACCAUUGUCAAGUGUGACUACAGUUGACAUUACCAUUGUCAAGUGUGACUACAGUUGACAUUAUCAUGGGCAAGUGUGACUACAGUUGACAUGAUCAUGGGCAAGUGUGACUACAGUUGCCAUGAUCAUGGGCAAGUGUGACUACAGUUGACAUGAUCAUGGGCAAGUGUGACUACAGUUGACAUGAUCAUGGGCAAGUGUGACUACAGUUGACAUGAUCAUGGGCAAGUGUGACUACAGUUGACAUUACCAUGGGCAAGUGUGACUACAGUUGACAUUACCAUGGGCAAGUGUGACUACAGUUGGCAUUACCAUUGUCAAGUGUGACUACAUUUGGCACACUGACACACUUCAUGAAGCGUUUUGGCUUACAGGUCGACUUUGGGCAAAAAUGCAAAAAAUAAACUGCAUGACUGAUCAGUGCACCAUAAUACCAGGUCAUUUAAUGCUUUAAAGGAAUUAUAUGAAUACGAUAUUUGGCUACAGAAGUUCCAUUUCUGACCAACCUCUACAGCUUCUGUCCAAAAUCAAAUCAGGUGAAAGGACGUCAACACAUAUUUUUAUUUAACUAGGCAAGUCGGUUGAGAACAAAUUCUUAUUUACAAUGAUGACCUCCUCCGACCAAACCCGACCAAACCCGGACGACACUGGGCCAUUUGUGCGCCGCCCUAUGGGACUCCCAAUAAAGACCGGAUGUGAUACAGGGUCUGUAGUGAUGCCUCUAGCACUGAGAUGCAGUGCUUUAGACCCACUGCACCACCUGGGAGCCCAAUGUUUUAAUGUCAUAUACACAAGUACAGUGAAAUGUCUUUCUUGCAAAUUCAAAUCCCAACAAUGCAAUAAUCAAUAACAAUGUAUUACUGGAAAAGAAACACGAGAAAUGUGAAGAUGUAUUAAGAACACAAUAACUAAGUAAGCAUACUAUAUACAGGGUCAGUUCCAAUACUAUAUUAACAAUGUGCAGGGAUACUGAAGUGAUGGAGGUAGAUAUGUAUUGAAUAAGGGGACUAGGCAUCAGGAUAUAAGAAACGCAUACGCUGAGCUUGUAUGUGAGUGGGUGUUUGUAGUCAGUAUAAAUGUAUGUGUAUGUUAUGUGUGAGUGGGUAAAUGAUGGAAUAUGAGUGUGUAAGGGACCUGUGAGUGUGUAUAGAGACAAAAAUGAAAAUGAGGAUACAAGAUUGACUCAGGUAGUCCGUGUAGCUAUUUUGUUAGCUCUUUAUCAGUGUUAUUGCUUGGGGAUGGAAGCUGUUCAAGAGCCUGUUGGUGCCAGACUUGAUGCACCGGUAUCGCUUGCCGUGCGGAAGCAGAGGGAAUAGUCUGAUUUGAGUGGUUGUCUAAUGAUUUUCCGGGCCUUCCUACCACACCACCUGAUAUAGUUGUCCUGGUCCUGUCCCCACCACACUCUCUAGCGCCAUGCGAUCAAAGACUGUGCUAUCGCCACACUAGGCAGUGAUGCAGCCAGUCGAUAUGCUCUCAAUGGUGCAGCUGUAGAACCCUUUAAAGAUUUGAGGGCCCAUGACAAACUUUUUAAACCUUCUGAGGGGGAAGAGGUCUUCUUCACGACUGUGUGCGUAUUUAGACCAUUUGAAGUCUUUAGUGUUUUGGACACCGAGGAACUUGAAGCGGUCUACCUGCUCCACUGCAGCCCCGUACACAAUCAGCUCUUUGGUCUUGCUGACGUUGAGGGAGAGGUUGAAGCACACGCCCCUGUGGAGCCCCUGUGUUGAGGGCAUUUUAUCUACCCUCACCACCCGAGGGCGGCCCGUCAGGAAGUCCAGGAUCCAGUUGCAGAGGGAGGUGUUCAGACCGAGACUUGGUGAUGAGCUUUGAAGGGAAAAUGGUGUUGAACGCUGAGCUGUAGUCCAUGAACAGCACUCUCACAUAGGUAUUCCUCUUAUCUAGGUAGGUGAGGGCAGUGUGGAUAGCAAUUGAGAUUGCGUCAUCUAUGGAUCUGUUGGGACGGUACGGAAAUUGGAGUGGAUCUAGGGUGUCUGGGAUGAUGGAGUUAAUGUGUGCCAUAACCAGCAUCUCAAAGCACUUCAUGAUUACAGAUGUGAGUGCUACAGGGCAAUAGUCAUUGUGGCAUGAAGCCUUGAGAGUUCUUGGGAACAGGAAUGAUGAUGGUCAUCUUAAACAUGUAGGGGAUUACAGACUGGGACAAGGAGAGGUUGUUCUGCAGCUGUUCUGCAUAUCCUCUGAGAACGGCCCCGCGGCCUUGCUUGGGUUGACCUGAUUUAAAGAUCCUUUUCAUCUCGGCCUCGAAGAGCGAGAUGACCAAAUAAUCUGGGUCGGUGACGGCACUCACACCCAGCAUGCUGUUGUUGUCAAUGCAUAAAAUGCAUUGACUUUGUCUGGUAGAGCGGCAAAGUUGGGUCUUCCUUUUUGUAAUCCGUAAUGGACUGUAGCCCCUGCCACUUGAGGCAGGCGUUGGAGACUGUGUAAUAUGAUACCACUUUAUUCCUAUAUUGUCCUUUUGCUCGUUUGAUGACUCUGCAGAGUUGUAGCGGGACUUCUUGUGCUUAUUCCUGUCCUUGGCCAUAGCCUCAGGGUUGUCUACGAAAGCUCUGUAUGUGGUAUUCCUGUCCUUGGCCAUAUCCCCAGGGUUGUCUACGAUGGCUCUGUAUGUGGUAGUCCUGUCCUUUAAUUUAUCUCCAACCUCAGUGUUAAUCCAGGGCUUUUGAUUGGGAAGCAGUGAACCCUCACGGCUGGGACAACGUCGUCGAUACGGGCUAGCUAAAGUGGCUAGCUUUGCUAAUGAACUGACUACGCCGGCAGUGGCGCCCAUGACCACACAUUGACGAACCACCAAUGGCACACCACAUUUCUGUUUGAAAAUGCAGAUGAGGGAUUACUUUGCUCAACACUUGGGGGAGUAUAUGAAUGUCCUCUCUGCUCUGGAAACCCUAAACGUCGCCAUCUUGAAGGCCAUGGACAAAACUAAAGAGGAGUACCAGGGCUCCUCUGUGCUGGGACAGUUUGUGACCCGCUUCAUGCUGAGGGAGACCUCCAGCCAGCUGCUCUCUCUUCAAAUGUCCCUGCAGUGUGCCAUGGAGGCUGUGGAAGAGCAAAGCAGCCCUGCACCGAGAGAGGUGAAGGUGGUGGAGCAUCCCUCGGCGCAGAGGAACAGCAGGCGAUGUGGCCGCAAGGUUCAGAAGAACAUGUGCCUCUCCCCCACCGACCCCUACUCAGGCAUUCUCACUACAGGAGUCACCAUGGAGACUGAUGACCACUGGUGCUCCCAGAUCAACAGGCUCCAGUUGCUAUUGGACAAGCUGGAGUGGCAGAGUCCAAAAUUGGAACCCCUGAAAGAAGAUACACUGGCCAGUACAUAUAAAUCUAACAUCCUGCUGGUGCAGAGGCAGAUGUUGGCAACGGAGGAGGACCUUGAUAAGUUCCAGAGGGUACUCAAGAGCUACGCGGACGCCACAUCCAACCACAGCGACAACUUGCAUGUGUCUAUCCAGAAGCUCCCAGAGAAGUCGUGCUUCAUAAUAUAUGAGUUUUGGCAGGAUCGUAUCUCCUGGAUGAGCUACCUGCAGUCCGAUGCCAGUAAGAAUUUCCAGCGCUGUGUCAUUGAUAUGCUGGAGGAUCCCAAGCUUGUGUCUACCAUGCUGCUCCCAGCAUCCUGGUGGAUCAUGACUAACAACUAGCAACAGACCACAGAACACCAUAUCUCCCGCUCACCCCCAAACACACAACACAACCCCCAAGACAAGAGAUUCAAAAGGCAUCCAAGUAUUUCUGUGCGCACACAGAACACUGCGUUACUACAGCAUCGUUCUACAACACAUUUGUUAUGUACCGUUAACUAAUACUGGUCAUUACUAUAAUGUGCUGUUUCUCAACAACAAAAAGGGGGUGAGGAAAAGCAGCCAAAUGUAUAGACAUGAAAGCGAUUCUUUGCAUUGUAAAAGCCAAUGGCGACGCUUUUGAAGCUCUCACUCCGAAUCCAUGCUAGAAUCGAUCACGUGGCUUGAAUCAAACGAUUCCAGUUUAGCAUUUUCAUUCCUGACAGCAAUAGAGACUCAUCAUACAGUUACUGCAAUGUGAUACCCUACAUGCUUUUUGAUGACUACUUGCUAUAACUUGCUUACACUUAAGUAGAAUUUGAAGAGAACGACUGGAGCUCGCUGUUUAAAAUGCAUGCAGACCAGCGUUUGACCAAGCCUCAGAAAUGAGUUGCUUUGCAUUCUCAAUGCGUAACCUACAGAUAACUUAUUUCCUUAGAUAGGAACCAAUAUGUGAUGUGUUUCAAAUGCUGAAUGGUUCCUACUCUAGUUGAGGGGGGUAGUUGCACCCUGCUGCUGUCUUAUUGUUAUAUAAGCGACCCCUUGCAAUGGGAUCCUUCUAUUGUUAGGUUUACUAGUGGUUUGAGUUACGUUGCUUGUCUUUAAAGGAGUUUGUCCCAGAUAAUUGACCUUUUUUAAAGAAAGUAUGUAUCUAUUAAGCCUAUAGAGGAGGGAGGAUACUUUGCAAUGAGAUUUCUUUGUGUGUCACCUUCUCAAUACAUAGCUAUCAUAGGAUGGUACUUUUCCCCUUAUUUUUCCAUAGUUGACUUUAUUUAAGAGAAUCAGUCAUGUGCAGAUGGAUGUGUUGUCAUUGUGCUUUUGUUGUUAAUGAAGUAUCUUUUCCAUGUAGAAAUUCAACAUAUUCACUUUAAUAAAAGUUAAUGGCCAGUCA